GUAUCACCACCUGGAGAGGCUCAGUCUGCGGCAGCGAAUGACAUCGCCAUGCCCACACUGCUCGCAGCGCUGCAACAGAGCAAUGCACAGCUGCUCGCCAACAUGAGGAACUUCCAGACUGCAGUCACCACGUUGCAGACGGAGAUCAGUACGCUCAGAACGGAGAAGGAGGAGGACAUGAACAAGAUGCGCCAGGCCGCAGUGGAUGCAGCCCAGCAGGUCAUGGCGGCGCAGUCGAACGGCCCCAAGAAGUUCCAGCAGCCCGCCGAUCCAGUGGCCCAGCAGGCAG